CCGGAUUGUGCCAAGCGAGGCAUCCCACCUUCCCUCUCUCCUUUGGGGACAGCUCAUCCCACGCGCAUCCACGGCAACUCUCUCUGGCCCUCGCACUUGUCAUCCUCCUCCACGCUCACACGUCUUCCUCUUCUUCUUCUCUCUCCAUCUCUCUCUCUCUCUCUCUCUCUCUUUCCUACUCCCUCCUCUCUCACAUCACUCACCAUGUCCGCUCCCCCCCAGGCUCCCGUCGCUCCCCCUGCCGGCGCCCCCGCUGCACACGGCGCCCCCGGUGGUGCUUCCCAGGGCGCUGCUGGUGGUGCCGGCGCCGGACCCAGUGGUGCCAUCGUCGCGGCUCUCACUGCCUCUGGCGGCACCGAGAGUGCUGGCUUCCUCAACGACAUCAUCGCCAACCUCUGGCCCAACAUCAGCGUCGUCGGCCGCGACAUGACCAAGUCUAUCGUCGAGCCCAUGUUCGCCAGCAUGCUUCCUUCCCCCCUCAACUCGCUGCACUUUGCCAAGAUUGACCUUGGCAAGGUCCCCAUCAAGCUCGGCAAUGUCGACACCCACAAGAUGGCAAGUGGCGCCAUCAAGAUGGACCUUGACGUGGACUGGGACGGCGAGUGUGACAUUGAGCUGGACGGCAAGAUGAUCCCCAAGAUCGGAAUUGAGCACAUCAAGCUCAACGGCCGCAUGAGCAUGCUUCUGGGUCCCAUCAUCAACCAGAUGCCCCUGGUCGGCGCUGCUCAAGUCGCAUUCAUCAACCCCCCGUAUAUCAAGCUCAAGUACACAGACGUUGCCGCGGUCGCCAACAUUGGCUUUAUCGACCGCUCGAUUAGCAAUGUUAUUCAGAGCAUCCUCGGCGGCAUGAUGGUGCUGCCCAACCGCUUCCUUGUCAAGCUUGAUGCUAAGAACGACUGGUUCAGCACAUUCCAGUUCCCCCUUGGUGUUCUCAAGGUGACCGUGGAGAGCGGUGCCAACCUUGGUGAGGCCAAGGAGAGCAAAGGUUUCCUUAAAAAGCUCGUGCACGACGAGGCCGACUGCUACGUCGACGCGACGCUUGGUGCCGAGACUUGGCGCACCAAGACGAUAAACAACAACCGUAACCCCGAGUGGAACGAGUCGCACGACUUCCUCCUCUCGGAUCACGACCAGGUUGUGACCGUCGAGUGCGUCGAUGACGACACGACGUCGGACGACACGAUCGGCAAGGCAACCGUGACAGUCAAGGAGCUUCUCCUGAGCGGCGCAAGCCACGACUUGGCACUCGUUCACAACGAGCAGCCGACGGAAGCCAAGAUCCGCCUCAAGGGCCACUUUAUGGCCCUCGUUGCCGACCCCGCCUCUCUAAACUCGCAGGAGGAAGGCACGCACGGUGUGCUUACUGUUCUCAUCGCUUCAGCCUUCCACAUUUCGGGCAACAGAGAGGAGCUCAAGCCCAGCGUCAAGGUUGUGUGGGGCGAGUCCAACUUCCGCACCGCCAUCAAGUCAGACUCGCCGGGCGCCGAUGUCCAGAACCCCGGCUUUGACGUCGCCUACAACGUGCCUCUGUCGAACAAGGUUACUGUGCACGGCGCCGCUCCCGUCCGCCUUAUUCUCAUGGAUGGCGAGAAGGAGCGCGGCUCGGUCGACAUUCCUCUCGAGAAGGUGCUCGGUGCGCCCGGCAUGGCUCUCGCCGAGGACCACAAGCUCGCGGACGGCGCCAUUAUCCGCGCCGCCGUCGUCAUCCGCGGCACCAAGUCGCUCCACUAGGCGUAUCCGGGCUACCGAGGAUGAAUCUGCAAGCUCGCACACGAGAGCAUCGGCAUCGGAAGAAUCAAUGUGAGACAGUGGAGAGGAAGCGCUAGCAGCAUGUUAUUAUUAUCACAGGAG